AUGUCUAUGAAAGGUUGGUCCCGGGAAGUUUGUGACGUGGUGUGUUGCCAACUGGAGGUGUGGUGGGACGUCGUUGCUGUGAGAUUCAUACUUGAUCCACCGUAUUUGUUGCUGCCACAUUCUAGAAGAGUUAAGAAGAUAGAUCUGAAGAUUCGAGCUACGCAGUUGUACGGAUGUAAAUCAGUGUACACCAAGUGGGAGCUGCCCCCAAGAGUGCAGCCCCCCGCCUCUCAGUCACGUCUAAGUCCUGCCAACUCUUUGGAUGCGAUCCUCAACUUCGACUUGCCGAGUCUUCCUAAUGAAUACCCAGAGACUGAUGUUAUUGGGAUGGUGGCAGAGAACGACGAGUGGCGGUCCCAAUGCAGGGUUGUUCGGCAAAGUUCGACCCGGCAACCGCGGCUAGAACCGGCGCGAGCGUGGCUCGGGCUGGUGCCACCUGGGGCCCGCCUGCACGUACCGCUGGAAGUCCUCAACGAUACGCACCAACAUGUACGGUGGUGGUCCGAGUCGUGCGGUUGGUGGGACGAGAGCACGUUGAACACCGCGUGCCGCGGACGAGAACCCUGCGAGGGGUGUCAGGAUGCCGCCUGCACGUGCACGUCCAUCCAGCCCGCACACGGAGAACUGCUCCACGAGGGCUCCGCCCGCCUGCACUGCGGACUGACCGCGCCCUCUAGAGAUGGGUGUGUGGUGCGGCUGGUGGUAGCGCGAAGUGGGCGUGGUGUGGCGCGCGCGUCGCUGGUUGGCUGCCGGGUGCUGGCACCGCGCCUCGUGCUGCGCGCCGUCCGCUCCAUCGGUUGUAACUUGGACCUGGGCGCUGGUAACCGCAGUGAUGGCACCGCCGUCCUGCGACCGAACUCUGCUCUCAUCAUCGGGACUCGCACUCGUUACCGUCUCAUCAUCACAAACAUCACGCCGAUCGCCACUACCGUCAGCUGGGAUCCUGCGAUUGGCUGUAUCAUUACCAGCUCCCAGGUUCUCAACAAAGUAGGUCAUAAACCAAACCCUAAAGAGGCGUGUACACACCUCCUUAAAGUGUGA